CGUAACAAAAUUCAACAAACAGCUGUUCAAUUGCUCAGUUGUUUGAAACACUAAUAAAGAUAAACCAAAAUGCCGUUAGAUACUGUGACCUGUGACUGUUGCUCACUUGAAGUUAAGAUGUACUGCAAGAGUUGUAAUCUGAAGUUUUGUGCCGCAUGUGGCGGGAAACACGUGGCGGAAAACAUCACCGGGGGACACAGUAUCGUAGCGUAUUCAGAGAGAUACGCAGAGCCCGUCCUGCCAAACUGCAAAGAUCAUAGCAGUGCCUGUACCUCUCUAUGCGCGGACUGUAAAACUGAAGUCUGCGCAAAGUGUAUAAUAGAAUCACACGAGGACCACCAAUGCACAGAUCUGCUAAAGGAAAGCAUAAAAAGGCGGCAAACAAUUCAAAGAGACACUACAGAGCUAGAAAUAUCGAUCAUCAAAACGCUUCAGAAUCUAUUUGAUGAAAUGUUGAAGAAAAAAGAAAGGUUUCCAGAACAUUGUGAACCGCUGAUAUCAGCAGUGAAAAAUCAAGGAGCAAAACUGCACGGGAUUGUCGACAUAAUCGUAGAAAGAAAACUGGCUGAACUCAAUGAUAUUACGCAGAAAGAAACCAAGGUUUUAGAAAAGAACAUAGAGGAAAUAUCCAGUCUUUUGGGAGAAGCGAUAUCACUCGACGAAAAGCUCCGAAAGAGUUUGCGGGAGAAUUUUGCGACUGGAUUCCUCCGCUUCGAACUAGAUCUUGAAAAAUUUGAUUCACUAGAUCUCAGUGACGCAAAUCUUCCUGAUUUCAUCCCAAAAAGUAUUGAUGAAGAACCAAUUGCCAAUAUGUUUGGAGAUUUAAAGAUAUGCGGAGUUAAAAGUCAUAAGAAAAUUUCAAUAAGGAAAAGUACAGAUUUUCGCAGAGAAACUAGUACAUCUCAUGUCGUCGUGGGAACUAUCAAAAGUGGUUUAGGUCCCGCAUCGCUCGUAGCUCGUGUUAGCAGUGAAGAAGUAUGGGUAGCUCGCAGAUCGACCUUGAGGCGAAUGAAUACGAAAAACGAAAUCUUAGAGGAAGUCAUAUUAUCUGAUGGAAUUGCACUAGACAUAUGCCUCCUAUUAAACAAGUAUGUCGUGCAUAGUAACAACUACAUGAAAAUGAUAAAUGUCUAUAGAAAUGGACAUAUCGACACGUUAAUCAAACUCGCUAAAUGGAGUCCGUUUGGGAUAUGUGCCACCUCCUCAGGCGACCUGUUGGUUUGUCUUAGAACGGAUAUUGGUCAUCAAGGAAAAGUUGUCCGCUUUUCCGGGUCGAAUGUCACGCAAGAAAUACAGUACGCCACUGAAAACAAACCACUUUUUAGUAAGAUGGCUUCCGUUCUCUUUGUAGGUGAAAACAAAAAUUCUGAUAUCUGUGUUUCAGAUCCUGGAGGUAAUGCAGUCGUUGUUGUCAACAAAUCUGGAAAUCUCAGAUUUCGAUACCCUGGUCAGGAGAUGUUCGAAUGCUUUACCCCUUAUGGAAUCGUCACAGACACCAUGUCCCAAAUCCUGGUCGCAGAUCGUGACAACGAUUCUAUCCAUAUUAUUGACUGUGAUGGAGAGUUCCUACGAUUUAUCAAAGGAAGUGGUCUCUAUCAACCGUUUAGUCUAAGCAUUACAAAGAACAAUCUUUUGCUUAUCAUGACAAUGAACACUUGGGAGGGAGUGACCAGUCAAUCGGGGUUUCUUCAUUCUCUAUGAGAACAUUGGUCAUGAUGACCAUGUCAUCACUAGAAAUGAACUUGACCAGGAGAUUAAAGGUUUGAAGACAAUCAUUGCAGAGCUUAAUGACACAAUUGUUAAAGAAAGGACCAGAUCAA